AUCCACUUCUGCCUUUGACCGAGCCAUGAGCCCCAAGAGCAGACAAUUCAGAAUCGUACAACUGAUAUUUCUCGCCUUCCCAAAUGCUACAGAUAGAACUACAACAAAGUCCAAUUGGCGACUUCCUCUAGAUUUCUCAUGCUUCGCCACCCUCUUCGUCGACAAUGAUGACAGCCUUGCCAAAGUUCUCGCCUGUAUGAACGGCCAAAAGAGCUUUCUCCGAGUUCUGAAGACCGAUGAAACGGUGCUCGCGGUUCUGGAUCUUUCCAGCUUGAAGAAGGGGGAAAACUUCCUGGUCGAACUCGUUGAAGGCCCGUUCGGCAUCGGGGCCAGUUCGGAACAGGAAACCUUGCACUGUCAGAUAACGCUCAAAGAUCUUCUCAAAGUGCUGUACAGGAGGGAACGACGAUAGCGCCACAAGCAAGAAUGAGGCCAAACAUGCUCAUGUUGACCAGUGCUGCGUCGGUCUGAGCUCCAGACACGUUAUCCCAAUAGCUGUAGCGUACUGUACAUUAGACUCUGAGACCAAAAGACCAGUCUCGAUACG